AUGCACACGCACGCCAAUGCGGGUGCAGGGGAGGCCCCCGGUUCCGGUUCCGGUGGUGUCGUGGCUCCGCUGACAUCGAUCAACAUUGACGACAAGGCUCCGGCCAAGCCACAGCUGGCUCGCAUCCGCUCUUACACGAUCAGACGGCAGAGCUCACAUCACUGGACGCCGCCAGAGCUGUACUACAGCGGGCCACACGAUGCGGCGACGCGCAACGGUUUCUUGCGCAAGGUGUAUGGUAUAGUGUGCGCACAAGUGCUAUUCACGACAGCGGUGAUGCACGCUAUGAUGAGGGAUGGUAUGGCGCGCGUGGCGGCCACGGCAGUUUCCGGCGUAUGGGAGGACCGAUCCUGCAGCCCACACAUCUUGUGGCCAGGACAUCUUACCUGCACAAGUGUUGCCAUCGAACCGUUCAUGCCGUUGUUGAUGCCAGCUUUUGCCGUGUCGCUCUUGCUGACCUGCUGCCUGGACGGCUUCAAGAAUACAUACCCGUACAACUACCUUUUGCUGGCCGGCUUCACGCUCGUCGAGGGCUUCACCGUCAGUUUCGUCUGCGUUGCGCUCGGCAUUGAGAGGCCCGAGGUGGUUCACCAGACCUUCACGCUGACCGCCGCCCUCUUCGUCGGCCUCACCGCCUUCACGAUGCAGUCGCGCAUAAGAUUCAACUUUCUUGGCGGCUUCUUGCUCUCAUCGCUCCUCCUCCUCCUCGCGUGGGCAACGAUCAACGCCGCCCUCGGCCUCCCCUUUGCCUCCACCGCCUUCUCCCUGCUCGGUGCCCUCCUCUUCUCGCUCUACGUAGUCUACGACACCUCCAUGAUCUGCCACCGGCUUGGCUACGACGACUGUGUUGUCGCCGCCAUCGAGCUCCACCUCGGCGUGGUCAACCUGUUUCUGUACCAUAUGCGCCUGCUCUCCGACGAUUCUCUCUCGAGUCUCUCCGUAGGUUGA